AAUUCCGUCCUUUCAACCGCAUAUGAGAAACGGCGACACCUCUCUCUCUCUCUCUCUCUCUCUCCAUAUAUAAAAUUCGUAAUUCAGCCUCUCAAACCUCACUCCUACUUAACCUGCGCCACUUCUCAUAUCCUGCGCCUACCGUACCACUCAUUUCCCUCCGAAUCUGAAAUGAGGAGCUCUUCCACCGACUCUCUCCCUACAAUCUUCUUCCUCUUCUGUCUCCUUCUCUGCUUCUCUUUCCUCUCUUCUCUCUCCCUCUCCCUCGUCGGACCCCAAGAACAGACGGCCCAGAUCAAUGCCACUGAAUCCGGCUCGGGAUCGAAGGAGGACAGCUUUGCAGACAUGAUCGAUCGGGCCCUCGAGAAAGAAUUCCCUGAGAACGAGCAGACUGGAGAAACUGAUGCUGGCAGUUUUAACAACAGUGUAGCUGGACAGCAGGCUGUUUUGGAAACUGUAGCUAGAGUCAAGUCCAAGAAAAAUGAUACCAAAGAGGAGAAGUCAUUUCAAUUUCAUGAUGUUUUCAAUUUGGAUAAUGAGAACCGUGAAGAGGAAACCCCAACCUUAAUAGAUCGGAAGGACAAUGUUUUUAUUAUAUCUAAUCGCAAAUCAAAAUAUCCCGUUCUACAAUUGGACUUAAGGUUGAUAUCAGAUCUUGUAGUGGUCAUUGUAUCUGCAACUUGUGGCGGCAUUGCCUUUGCUUGUUUGGGACAACCGGUUAUUACUGGAUAUUUGCUAGCUGGCUCGGUUAUCGGGCCUGGGGGUUUUAGUUUUGUCAGUGAAAUGGUUCAGGUUGAGACGGUUGCUCAAUUUGGUGUAAUAUUCCUUCUCUUUGCAUUGGGCUUGGAGUUCUCUACAACAAAGCUUCGAGUUGUUCGAGCAGUUGCUGUUCUAGGAGGCCUACUGCAAAUUUUCCUAUUUAUGUGCUUGUGUGGCAUAACAGCCUCGUUGUGUGGUGGUAAACCUUCAGAGGGGGUAUUUGUUGGAGUAUUUUUGUCAAUGUCUUCAACAGCUGUGGUUUUGAAGUUCUUGAUGGAAAAAAACAGUAUUAAUGCCCUUCAUGGUCAAGUUACCAUUGGCACCCUUAUUCUCCAGGAUUGUGCUGUUGGCUUGCUGUUUGCACUGCUUCCAGUUCUUGGUGGUACUUCUGGUGUCCUUCAAGGAGUAAUAUCCAUGACCAAGUUGAUGGUUGUGCUGUGUACAUUUUUGGGUAUUUUGUCUAUAUUAUCUCGUACGUGCGUUCCACGGUUUCUUAAGCUGAUGAUCAGUCUUUCGUCACAGACUAAUGAACUUUAUCAACUGGCAGCAGUUGCAUUUUGUUUAAUUGUUGCUUGGUGUAGUGACAAGUUGGGUCUAAGCCUUGAAUUGGGCUCAUUUGCUGCGGGAGUGAUGAUAUCGACUACUGAUCUUUCACAACAUACCCUUGAACAGGUUGAACCCAUCCGCAACUUCUUUGCUGCACUUUUUCUCGCCAGCAUUGGAAUGUUGAUCCAUGUCCAUUUCCUUUGGAACCAUGUGGAUAUUUUACUAGCAGCUGUUAUUUUGGUGAUCAUUGUAAAAACAAUUGUUAUCACCUCGGUUGUCAAGGGAUUUGGCUAUACCAAUAAGACUUCAGUUCUGGUUGGCAUCUCUCUUGCACAAAUAGGAGAAUUUGCUUUUGUUCUUCUCAGUCGUGCUUCUAAUCUUCAUCUGGUUGAGGGUAAACUGUAUUUGCUGCUUCUUGGCACAACAGCUCUUAGUCUGGUGACUACGCCAUUUCUUUUCAAGUUGAUACCUGCAGUCAUACAUCUCGGAGUGCUGAUGCGGUGGUUCUCACCCGAUAGCAGUCAGAUCGAGAUGGGGUUUAAAGGCGAAAACCUUCGCGCAGACAGUGCUAAGCGUAUUGCUUUGAUGGUCCAAGGCUCUCAUGAUUCAUGAAAAAAAAAAAAUGCACGAAAAUGGAAUUCCUGCUUUUACCUGAUGGGCUUCUUACUACUCUGGGGGACAGGUACCUAAGAGUGCAAAGGAGAUUGACUGAUUCCCAUUUUUCCUACAAGCGCUCAUCUCAUCACGUCUCCUCACAUUCCUGGCCAAGUGAGCUGAGCUGUGCCCACGAGAAGUGAAUACACGUGGUAAAGGGAUCGAAAAGGCAUAGGAGCUUGACAGAUUUUUGAAGCUCGACCUUUGAUCAGGUCAUCUUACUCACCCACGUGUCAAUUUUGUGUAAAAUAGUUUUUGACUUUGUGAUGUAUUUGAUUUUAUUUUUUGACGGGUUUGUAGAAAAUUAAAAUUCGUGUUCCAGCUGUGAAAUUGUAGAAUAUAUAACCAUUCAUGUAGUUUAUCUGAAGUAAGAUCUCUGGGAAGUAGCAGCAACCAUCCAUUCAA